AGAAACACACAGUGCUAAGAAUUACUGACACAAGACAUGGUAGGCUGGGGACCAGAGUUCUAAAGCAAAUUUUGCCUGGCAGGAACAACUUCACACUAGGGAACCUGAGUUCCUGGACUCUGGGGCCAGGUUGGGAGGCGGGUGGGUGCAACAGAGCAGGGCAGGGGCAGGGCCAGGCAUUGAAGCGAGGCCACAGCCCGGAGGGAGCCAGUUCCUGGUGGCUGUAGAGUGGCUCAGACAGCUCCCUGCCUUACCCGCCAUGGUCCUCCCUCUGGCCUGGCUCUCCCGAUGCUGCCGCCGCCUCCUGCCAUCCUGGGCCCCCACACCCCAGAGCUCCUGGAGGUGCUGCUCCCAGAAUCCCAGGAGCAGCACAGCAGAGACGAGCUCCACACGCAGUGGGAAGAUGUCACCUUCCAGGGAGUGCCAGCCCCGCCCCACAGCUGAGCUGGCCCAGGCGGAGGAGCUGCUGGAGCAGCAGCUGGAGCUGUACCAGGCCCUGGUGGAAGGGCAAGAGGGGGCCUGGGAAGCCCAGGCCCUGGUGCUCAAGACACAGAAGCUGAAGGAACAGAUGCGGAGACACAGAGCCUGGGAGAAGUCGCCUAAGCGUUCCAUCAGUGGCCCCUUCACCCUCCAGCCCUGAAAACUGCACGCCACCCUCCCCAGCCCUUGGAUCAGCAACAUCCCAGCCUCUCCCAGGCCCUAAGCAAACAGACGAAACUGCCACAAAAGGGCCAGAAAUUGGAUAGCCAUGAGAAGUCAUGGCCUCUGCAGUCUUUUCACUCACAUCCCAAUUCAACACCUCCCGCUGACCUCAGCCCACAGCAGGGCACAGCAUCCCCACAGGAAUUUACUCUGGAUUAUGCCCCAGAACCACCUCACCCCAAAUCCAAUAAAGGGAUGGAAUGCUUAUAGACACCACAGACGCAUAAGUUUUUUAGUUUUGUUAA